CUGUUUCACAUUUAUUCCAGAUCAUAGUUUCGAGAUAAAGUUUAAUAAAAAUCGUCUCCUCGGCUGAAAAUCAGCCCUUUCUGAUCAAACAGCCACAAUGAAACAGAAGUGUGGAGGAAACCUUGUGUUUAACAUGUAUCUCUCAGAUUCAACGGAAAAUUUGUUUAAAGACGGGAAAAGCGCAUCAUGGAGCCCAAUUAAUACCGGAAUACAGAAAGGUAGCGGACAAAUACAGUUGUGGCAGUUCCUGCUGGAACUCUUGUCCGACAGCUCCAACGUGACCUGUAUCGCGUGGGAAGGGACUCACGGAGAAUUCAAGCUCAUUGACCCCGACGAGGUGGCCAGGCGCUGGGGCGAACGGAAGAGUAAACCAAACAUGAACUACGACAAGCUAAGCCGCGCGCUUCGCUACUACUACGACAAGAACAUCAUGACUAAAGUCCAUGGAAAACGUUAUGCCUACAAGUUUGACUUCCACGGCCUUGCACAGGUGUGCCAACCUUCGCCUACAGAAAACACUCUGUAUAAUUACCAGAGUAAUUUCGCCCCCAUGCCGUUUUCUGGGAUUUCUAAACUCAACCUUGUGGCACCAGGUGUUGGUCCAUCCGGGUUCUCGUACUGGCACAGCUCCGCACCGACAUUUUACAACAGCCACAACCUACAGGCUCCAGGACCAUUUGGAGCCGUAUCUGCAGCGCGUUUCAAUUGUGUAAAUAAUAUCAACAAUGUAAACAAUAUAAAUAAUCAUUACAACUGAACGUUGGUAUCCUACCCAUCAACUACUGUAAGUAUUCUCAUUUUUACUUUAGAAUGUAGGACGACCCACUUAUAACUUGAAAAUCACGCAGUUAAACACGGCGUCAUUAACGCUGCAGACCAGUGGUAACCAACCCAGUUCCUGGAGACCUACCUUCCUGUUGGUUGUCAUUUCAACUGUAAUUUGGCACACCCGAUUCUACUAACUAGCGGCUCAAUAGGAUCUCUAGCUGUUGAAUGAAACACGCUUUGUUAGGGUUGGAGUGAACAUCUACAGGCUGGUCGAUCUCUAGGAGCAGGGUUGGUUACCACUGCUGUAGACGAAUACUACAAGUCUAAUACAAAAACACGCGCUGCGCCAUCUGCUGGUGGAAUCAAAUCAACGGCAGUAUUUCUGUUUUAGGCUUGUCGAGGGAAUAUUUCAGUUAAAUGUUUGAGAUAAAAAUAAAAAUAGUUUCAAUAAUUUGAAGGAAUUUAUUGUUUGAACUUGAAUUUAACAGCGCCAUGCUUAUGUAUGUUUUGUAUGUAUACACACUGUUUUUCUGUCAGAGCGAUUGGAAAUUCUGUGUUCAAAAAUUAAUUUUAAAGUCCCUGCGAAAAAUAUGGCGUCGACAAAUGUUUAAAAAAGUUUAAAAUACAAUAUAUUGCCUGUGUCAAUAUAUUCAAUUUUAUAUAUAAAUGUAGGCCAAUAUAUAGCCAAUAUUAUAGGUGGGAUUUUAUAACUGUCAUUUGUACUGUAUGGAGGAUAAUAAUACACAUUAAAAUGCCUAGUGUUAAUUCUACUCUAACAGAAUACAAAUUCCAAUUCCAAUUGAUUUAACAAUGAGCAUUUUACUUUGUAAUUUAUACACGUGACAUUAUUUAACUGGAAAACAAUGCACUUGUCUCAAGACAUGUAUAUUCUGGCAUCAUCAUAGACAAAUAGGAUUUUCUUAAACAUUCAAUAUAAUCAAAAAUAUAAUUAUUACUACUACUACCACUAUCACUACUACUACUACUGCUUCUACUACUACUACUAAUGACAAUAGUAAUAAUUAUAAAGACGUAUUUGUAUAAAUUAGAUACUUCACUUAUGACUGUUUUUGUUUCUUAAUAAUGCCAGUAGUUUGU